GCUAGAAUAUGGACGUAAUUAUGAGGAAAAUAAUGAUAAAGUAGCAGGAAAAAAAGCAUUAGUUAUUAAAGAUUGUGAGUUUGAUGUACUUGAACCUGAUGAGUUUAAGUUUUACACUUUAACAACAUCAUCUAUUAAUGAUUUGUUCAGAAAUAAGAACUUAAUUUUAAAAGGUCAAUUAGGUGCUCCAAAUACUGCGAACAUGGGUUUAUCAAUUGAACAAGAAAAUACACGACAACAUAAUUCUGAAGAAACGGCAAGAUUUGAACUCAAAAAUAUUGUCAAGGCAAAAAUAUCCAUUGCUCACAAAAUAAAACCCACUGAUGAAUUUAUUAACGAAGUAAAAAAUGCAAUCGUUUGUGAAGAUCUAAAUAGAUUAAAAAUAGUUACUAAAAAAUUUGGACAAUUUGUUCCUACGGUUAUUUUAUUUGGUGGAAGACUACAUUACAAAGUUAUAACAUACACAAACAAAAAUUCAGAAAGCAAUAAAAAUAUCAUUUCAGGAAGUCUAGAUGUUUAUAAACAAAAUCUAGAGACUCAAUGUGGAGUUGAUGUAACUAGUGAAAAUAAAAAUUCCACACAACUCCAAAAUUCAUUUAUUUUUGGUGGCGAUAAAAUAAAAAUAAUCCAGGGUAAGGAAGACGAUUGGAUAUCUUCAUUACAAGACUUUAGGCAUUGGGAAAUAAUCGAAUUUCAGGAGUUUAUUAGCAUAUUUGAAUUGUUAGAUAAUGAGCUAAAAGAUAAGAUUAGAAUAUUAAGUGGUAAAAUGAUUAUUUAUUCUAAUAUUCAAGAUCAUGACUUUAAAAUGCACGAUCUUAAUGUUAUCGACUUGAAGAUGCCCCCAAAUAUCAUAUCCAUAUUUUCUAAUAAAGGCAUUUUUGAUCCGCAAGUUUUUGCUAAGGUGUCUAAUACCGAAGAAGAUGAAAACAUCUUCACUUGUACAUUAUAUACUCCACUGUAUUCAAAUAUUCCGAAAAUUAUUAUUAAUUGCAUUCAAUCUAAUAAUGAGCAACAAAAGGAAUAUCAUGUUAAAAUAAGUUGGUUUGUUGUUGGAUAUGAUUCAAGUUUACAUUCAAUCUUCGAUCCAGCACGUAUUCAAAGUGAGACAAUAGAAUAUAAUGGAUAUCUUGAAAAAAAUGGUUAUAGAGUCAAAGCACCCAUUGUACUAUGUUGCAUGCCUGUACUUUUUGAGUGGGAUCAAAGUUACAAGAUUGACAAGGAUCUGAUCAUUGGACAUCACUUUUUUAGACAUGAUAAUGAAAUACGCAUAUAUUUUUAUGGAUAUGAAUCAAGUAAGAAACAUUUAAGAGAAAUCGAGUUACCUUUUGGGUUUAAAUUCAAUAUUCUCUACACCGGCCAUUCAUCUUGUCAUCCAAAUUACGAUGUAUUUAACUAUUUUAAAGUCGACAGAAAUUCACCUGCUAAAAAAAUGUAUUUAAAAAUAAAAAACGUGAGACAAAAUGCUGAUAAUACUUACAACAAAUUCUCAGAAUUUAUCAGUUUGUAUAAGGAGGAAAAGGAUCAAUUUGGAAUUUUUAAUCCUGAGCCUGAGGACCAAGCGGCACUACUAGCUGAGGGUGAGGGUGAA